UCUCCACCUUCUCUCCCACUACUACCAUUUUUUUUUUCUCGCUUCCCAAACACUCCCAAUGUCCUUCUUCCAAGAAACCGACGGUACCCAGUUUCCGGUUCUCGAGUCCGGGUUCACGGAGAGCGAAAUCAGCGCGCUGUUGUCCCUCUUCGAACCGGGCCUCCCCGCUAGCCCCAACUCCGGUUCGGAGGUGACAAACCGGGCGGUUUGCCUUACCGAGGAACGCAAGCGCAAGCGGAUGCUGUCGAACCGGGAGUCCGCAAGACGCUCCCGUUUGAGAAAGAAGAGGCAUUUAGAAAACCUCACGAGUCAAGUGAACCGGCUCAGACUGGAGAACCAGGACCUGAGUAACCAGUUAGGUUUGGCCGCCCGCCAGCUCCACCUCCUCCAGAGAAACAACGACUGGCUCCGGUCCGAAUACACCGCCCUCCUUCAAAGACUUUCCGACUUAUACCUUAUCUUGGACGCCAUGCACCCCCAAUUAUGAACCUUUUUAACCCUAUAAUUAACUAAAUUACCUCUCGAUCCCCAAUUAAUCUAUCUCCAAACUACAUAUAUAUCUCAGAACAUGCAACAUUCUCUCUCUCUCUCUCUCUCUCUCUCUCUCUCUCUCUCUCUCUCUCUCUAUUCUAUAAUGAAGAAGGCUAGCUAGCUAGUAGCUAGGAGAACAGGUGGCGUUGCUUUGGUUAAACCCAGCAGGCUACAUUUUAUAUAUCAUAUAUAUGAUGUAAAGAUUAUUAGUACGUAAUUAGCUAGGUUCUGCUUUAAUUCAGGUUAGACUCUUGUACCC